AAGCUCCCGAGGAAUUCGAAUAUUAACAUUAGAUGGUGGCGGAAGUCGCUCACUUUUGACCAUCGCAAUUCUGAAGGCAUUAACGAGGUACCUCCCGUGUCACCAAAUAGGCGCCUUCUUCGACCUGGUUGUUGGCACCAGCGCGGGUGGUUUAGUCGCACUUGGAAUCGGUUGUCUAAAUUUGCCUCUGCAGAUGAGCUCAACUGUGGCGCGGGAAAUAAGUGUCGCUGCUUUUUCAAAGGGCGGUGCACUCGGAUCGAUUGAGAAGUUAGUGAGAAUACUCAUAAAAGGUGAAAAACACGAUAGUCGCGCAAUGACUGAGCACCUCCGGCAAGUCUACGGUGAACUAUCCAUGGUAGACACUACGGCUCUGUGUGGGAGUACUACAAAAGUAGCCGUGGUGACAGCGCUAACUAACGUGUCACCACCAGAGCCUUUUCUGUUUCGUAAUUAUACAUAUGGUCCGGACAGUCCUAGUCGUUAUCAAGGUGACCAUUCAGUGGCAAUUUAUCACUGCGCUCGCGCAACAACCGCGGCUCCAGUGUAUUUCUCCCCAGUGGUUUUGCAUGAUGGUAGAGUCAUUCAAGAUGGCGCCCUGGUGGCCAAUAACCCCGCCCAUCUAGCCUUGCAUGAGGCCGCGCGUAUUUUCCCAGGAAGAGCGGUAGACUGUCUCGUCAGUGUUGGCACUGGUAGA